AUGGAAUCAGCAUACCCAGCUCCUCCAAAAGUGCGAGAUAGAAUCGAUCCAGUUCGCGUCGAACAGUCAAACCAGGAAUCCUCCGACAACUCUACAGAGACUACCCUCCCUAUAGUUGAAGAAUCAAACGAAGCUCAUAUCCUAAACCAACCUCAAUCCGAUAACUCUACGCAGUCCGAUGAAGCGCAACGGGUGGAUAUCUCACCUCGUGAAGUGAGAACCUGUUGGAUAUGUCAAAUGGAUGAUGCAGACGAUGGACCUCAAACUUCACCAUGGCGAUCUCCAUGUCCCUGUUCUUUGGAGGCCCACGAAUCAUGUUUAAUGGAAUGGAUUGCAGUGUCCGCAGACAAGGAGAUGGCUCCCAAAAUCGUCUGCCCAGUCUGCAAGUACCAACUUAAAAUUGAUCAGCCCAAAGAUUACCUAGUCUUGACAGUGGAUAAGUUGCACCGCAUGGCGAAACACUUGGUCCUUCCCACAGCGGCUGGUGCAGUCUUUAGUUGCGUCUAUUCCGGAUCCCUACUGUUUGGCGUUAACAGUCUGGCAUUGAUAUUUGGUGCGGAUGAGGCUCGAAGGAUCACUCUAGAGCAUUAUGACGACUUCUUAGACCGUCGUAUCCUUGGGGAUUACAUACAGUUACCCAUCAGUCAAAUUAUGACCAAAUACUUAUUUCCAUUUCUCGGUGGUGGGUUCAUGGCGGUACCAAGUUGGAGAACAGCAAUAGGGCUUCCAUUAAUCGCACCAACUCUCAUAUUAUCACGGACAAAAAUUGCGGAUUCUGUUUUUACUAUAGUUCCUGUCACUUAUUUUCUCUUUAGCCCCGACAACAAAAACAUCACUUCAUGGCCUCCAUCCCCAGGUCGCACAUUUGCGCUACUUCCCUACGUCAGAUUAGCAUACAACACACUAUAUCAUCACAUGUUUUACGACUUAGAGAAGAGAUGGGAUUUGGCUAUUCAGCGCAAACCACGAGAAGGCGAAACUGCAGAACAAAUCGCCUUGGAACAGCGCAGAGGACAAGAGGGGUUCCUGAAUUUUGAGGUGGAGAUUGUCGAUGAAGUGAGGGAUCAAGACGGAAAUUUGGUUCCUCCAGAUGAUCAUGUACAUGCACCCGCCGGUGAUCGAAAUGGAAAUCAACAUCAAAAUGGGGGCGACCAAGAACGCGCGAACGCAAACGAGAAUGAUUGGGGAGUCCGUCGAAAUGUCAGUACACAUAGCUUAUCAUUCCAGUUUAUGGGUGCAAUGUUGUUCCCUGCAAUAUCAAGCAUUAUGGGCGAUGCGCUCAAAUACGCAUUACCGUCUAUAUGGAUCAGAACGAGGAACGGCAAACCAGGGUUAUUACAACAUAAAUGGGCCAGAAGUGUAGUGGGAGGAUGUCUAUUCGUAAUGCUGAAGGACGUGGUGGUGCUUUAUUGCAAGUGGAAGAAAGCGAGGGAUUUCGGAAAGAAGAAAAUCAUAGAUUUUGCGGGUAAAGGAAAGGAAAAGGCUACGUGA